AUAAUAAUAUAAUUACAUCGAAAUCAAAAUAGUCAUUCACACGUAUACAUAUUAAUCAAUUCAUUUAAUAUUUCAUAACGAAAUUAAAAUAAAAACUGAGAAAGAGUGUAAAAGCCCCUUCCUCGGAGCACGGGGAUAGUGGAUAAGCAGAAAUGCCAAUCCUUAUUCAUCAUACCUCCAUUCGUAGUUUCUCUCUCUAUACUCCUUAUGUACCGUUCACCUCUCCGACACUAUCAUCUCCCCUUUUCGCCAUAUAUAAAGCUUCGACAUCCCAAACGAACUUCUGCAGAAACUUGCGUUUUUCUUGCAAAUUAUCAAGAUUUAGAUGGUCCCGCGUUCCGUUUUGCACCAAAAAUGGAACCUUUGAGGAUUUUAAUGAUACCCUUUUGCCCGAAACGGCUGGUUGUGAAGAGUCUGAGGAGCUUGCGCUAUCACUUAAAAAGCCUUUUCCAAAACAAGUGGACAAUGGAAAGUCCGAGGAAAUAGAGGAAGAUGAAAGGAAGAAAUCUGCCGAAGAUGAUAUUCUUGAACCCUUUUAUAAGUUCUUCCGGAAAUCGGAGGACCAAAUGAACCAAAACCAGGUUUCUGUUGCCGAUGAAACUGAAAAGGUCAAUGUGGAGUAUUAUGAACCAAAAGCAGGCGAUUUCGUGGUGGGCGUGGUGGUCUCGGGCAAUGAGAAUAAGCUUGAUGUCAAUGUUGGGGCAGAUUUACUGGGAACAAUGCUGACAAAAGAAGUGCUUCCCUUGUCUGAUAAAGAGAUAGAUUAUUUGUUGUGCGAUUUUGAAGCUGAUGCAGAGUUUUUAGUGCCCGGGAAGGUUGGAAUUGUGCAAAAUGAUGAGCCAUUAAGUGGAGAGCCAAUGCAAGGAAAGCCGGUUGUGGAGCCUGGGACAGUUCUUUUUGCCGAGGUCCUUGGAAGGACCUUAGGUGGUCGGCCUUUGCUGUCGGCAAGAAAGCUGUUUAGGCGAAUUGCUUGGCAUCGAGUGAGGCAGAUAGAGCAAUUGAAUGAGCCGAUUGAAGUUAUACUAACUGAGUGGAAUACUGCAGGUCUCCUUACAAGAAUAGAGGGGCUAAGGGCUUUUCUUCCAAAAGCUGAACUGAUGAAUAGAGUUAACAAUUACACUGAAAUGAAAGAGAAUGAGGUGAGUUUCAAGUCUCACUGGUUGAUUAACGUGAAGAACAUUUUUCAAAUGAAUCAAAAUUUGGAGGGCAAAACCAAUCGCAUUAGCCAUUGCAUGGCUGAUGUUAAUGUUAUGUCUUGGCUUACUAAGUUUCUCCUAUUCAGCAAGGAUUAUAAUAUUUUAAUCAUGAUGUUGCAGGAGAUGAUGAAUCUUCAACAUGGAACUCUUCUUGAAGGUACUGUCAAGACAGUGUUCCCAUAUGGAGCCCAAAUAAAAAUAGGUGAUACUAAUAGGAGCGGGAUGUUGCAUAUUACAAACAUAACCAAAGGGAAAGUUACUUCUGUCAGGGACUUACUGAAAGUUGAUGAAAAGGUUAAAGUUCUGGUUGUGCCGUCUACAAUCCCUGAUAAAAUUUCUCUAAGUACUGCAGAAUUGGAAAGUGAGCCUGGUCUAUUUUUGUCCAACAAAGAGAAAGUAUUUUCUGAAGCUAAUGAGAUGGCAAAGAAAUAUAGGCAGAAGAUGUUGGUUAUUUAUGCAAAAAGAAAUUUAGAGGCACUUCCCACGAAUGGCUUGCCUUUCGGAGAUGAGGAAAGUUUGUACGCCAACUGGAGAUGGUUUAAGUUCGAAAGAGACGGUGAAAUAAAUCCAUGACAUUUUGAAAAUAGAUGAUUUUAGAGCCAAAUAUGUUCCUCCUCAUCCAAACGAAACUGCGAAAGACAUCUUUUCUGAUAAAACCUUCACUUUAGUUUGAACUAUGGGUCAAUAUGAGUAUCACAUAAUAGUAGUAUUAAAAUUUUAUGCAUACCGUUGGACAUGAUUAGGGGAUAAAAUAAUGAUAUUUUGAAACAAAAAUUUGGAUAUCUUACAAUAUUUUAGAAUAUGACAUGAAUUAAUAUAACUUAUUGUUAAUUCCCUCUAGAAAUAGUUUCAAAAAAAUUGAGCUAAAUGGUAGGUUAUAGGACUUCAUAAUCCUAUUUGGCAUACUUAAAAUCUUCU